AUGCUCAUUUUAUGGAACUAUCCUAAGGCUUAUCCCGGGCAAGAGAGUGAUGCGGCCAGCUUGUUUAGCGAAUCAGCUACCGUGAGCAAACUGGUCCAAGGCUCUGAUCAUGAGUCCCAGGUGUCCAGUCAGUCACAUGGUGCCAGCAGCGGGAUCCCCACACAUGCACUGCCAGAUGCUGACAGGGUUCUGAUCAGCCUCCGACCUUCUGUCCGAAAGACCAAGGACAAGGCAGAGUUGGAGCAGCUGACAGAACAGCCCACCUCCACCCCCUCAGCUGCCAGUGUGGUUACUGGUACACCCCAGGUAUCUACUGAUGAGGAGUCGUCUAGUGAUGAGGAGUCCAGUGAUGAGGACACUAGUGAUGAGGAGUCUAGUGAUGAGGACACUAGUGAUGAGGACACUAGUGAUGAGGACACUCAAAAACCAUCCAGGCUUCACCAUGGAGACCACACAGGCGAGACCACUGACAGCACUCCCGUCCCUUUACCAGAGUCUGCCAGACACGAGGGCUUUGUGCUGUACAGAGACAGCCUGGGAGAGUGGUUCCGCUUCCUGGCUUCGGAUGAUCACAUCCUGGAGAGGCUGUUCAGUGGUGGUGAGGAGUUGCACAGGCUGUACUGCCGCACUGGGGCAGUCGACAGACAAGCAACCCUACCGGUCGGGCGACUGCGCGCCAUUGACGGCCUGCGGGUGUAUGGCCUGACGGACUUAGAACUGUUGGAUGUCAUAAACACCUCAGUGGAUCCCGUUUUCGACAUCGGUCCAGAGAUCCAAAUGGUCAGACCGACCACUCUGCAGAGCCUGAUCAGUGAGCCGGUACCCAGUGACCAUGAGGAGACAAGUGAUGAUGAGGAGUCUAGUGAUGAGGACUCUAGUGAUGAGGACUCUAGUGAUGAGGACACUAGUGAUGAGGAGGAGUCCAGUGAUUGCAGUGAAGAAGAUGAGGAGGAGACACGGGAGAACGGCGACACUCAGCAGCAGGUCGGCCCUGUCAGGAAGCGGGGACGUCUGGCCACUUUCUUCUCACGCUGCCGCAAGGCUUUCACUUCAUGCUGGCGCCGCCGCUGAAUAUCCAGCAUUGACCUUCUCUAUUGAUAACAAUGAGCUAGAGCCUAUAUUUAUCAAAGGAUAUUCUUAUGAAAUCAGAAGGCUCUGAGUGAAUCAUUGUCAAAGUGGACUAUAUUUUGUACAAAAUAAAUUAUAUUUGUAUGGACAUUUUGUAGUAGAAGAAGACACAGAAUGUCAGUUUAAGCCGUUUUCACAAAUAUUGUGUGUGACACUUCCUAAUACAGUGUUGGAAAGGCUAGUACUGGUAUGUCUAACGAUGCAAGUACAUGUCUUGUGAAGUGUAUUGCAUACAGGACUGUGUUGUAAACACAAGAUUGAGAGCACAAUACAUGCCAUCUGAAGUGCAUAGUGAGCUGUAUUGUAUUUCUUGCACUGUGGUAUGACUGAUAUGGCAUGCAACUGCAUGCAAAAUAAAAAUUAAAUGUGGA